GGCAGAUAGGUGGACAGACUGUCUCCUGCUAGAGCUCAAGGACUGAAGGACACGCUACCUAAAGCGCAGCUGAUAAGCGGCUUUAAUCGGCUAAUUUUGCCCCGGUGGCCUUUAGCAGGCUACAGGUAAACACACCGGAGCUGAAACCACCCGCAGUCCGACACACUCACCGUGGUCUGACCCCAGAGACGCUCCGGAUGGUCGGCAACUCAACAAACUGAGCUCUUUAUUUUUUAUUUUUUUUAAACCGAGGAGCCAUGGAGCUCCUCAACUUUCUAACGGGUUGAAGAUUUGAACGCGCUCUUGAUCCUCCCCAUGUUCAUGGCUUUAAGUGUUCUUUCUCCAGAGCAAAGCCGAAACUUUCCCUGCAUCUUUUUAAUAAUCAUGAGUUAGCGUUAAAAUUUGUGAAGAAGGCCAAAUUUCACCUGGUUCCAUCUUGUUUUACGCGCUGUUUCUUUGCGUAAAGUGCGCACCGGAGCGCCCUGGAGCUCAACUGUAGAGUUUGAGUCAAGUAGCCAAGAUGAUAUCACAGUGCGGGGAACAGGGUCUGGCCCGGCCUUCAUGAGACCCCGCUGGCCGCGCUGCUGUGGCUCGGACCGGGACGGAGCGGAGGAGCCGCGGCGGAGAUGGCGUCCAACCUGAGCGCGGCGGCGGCGGCAGCGUCAGCACCGGAGGCGGUGGCGAGGGAACACAACCUGCCGGCGCUGGUGUUCGGGGUGCUGCUGAUCGUGGUGAUCAUCUGCGGGAACAUGCUGGUGUGUCUUAGCGUGUUCUCCGAGAAGGCUCUAAAGACCACCACCAACUACUUCAUCGUCAGCCUGGCCGUGGCGGAUCUGAUGCUCGCGGUGCUCGUGCUGCCGCUCUUCGUCUACUCCGAGUUCGAGGGUGGCGCUUGGACCCUCAGCACCACGGUCUGUGACGGUCUGAUGACGAUGGACGUGAUGCUGUGCACCGCCUCCAUCUUCAACCUCUGCGCCAUCAGCAUCGACAGGUUCAUCGCCGUGUUGAUCCCUCUGAACUACAACAGGAAGCACGUGGACCUGCGUCAGACGGUGCUUUUAUCAGCCACCUGGAUCCUGGCUCUGGCGGUGGCAUCGCCCGUCUUGUUCGGCAUCAACAACGUGCCGGGUCGCGACCCCACGGAAUGUAAACUAGAGAAUGAUGACUACGUCCUGUACUCGUCCGUGUGCUCCUUCUUUAUCCCCUGUCCCAUCAUGCUGUUCCUGUACUGCGGCAUGUUUCGUGGCCUGCGGCGCUGGGAGGAGGCGCGCAAAGCCAAACUGAGGAACAGCAUCCAAGCCUGCCGCAAACUGCAGGAGGCUGCUGCUUCGCUGCCACCGCUGGCCUCACUGCCACCGCCUCUCCCGCCCAUUAUAGAGCGAGAACUUACGGAUACACCGGACGAUCAAGAUCGGCCCUUCAACCCCUCGGUGUACAUUGACGGCCCUGUGCGGACAGUUAGCUUAGCAGAGAUAAAGUUCAACCCUGAACCACGCAGGAGAAAGACGGCUAAGAUCAACAGCCGAGAGAGGAAGGCCAUGAAGGUGCUUCCCGUGGUCGUGGGUGCCUUCCUGUUCUGCUGGACUCCUUUCUUUGUCCUCCAUACAUUGCGAGCUCGCUGUCAGGACUGCAACGUCCCACCGGCCAUGAUGAGCGUGGUGACGUGGCUCGGCUAUGUCAACAGCGCCAUCAACCCUAUUAUCUACACCGUCUUUAACACUGAGUUCAGAAACUUUUUCAAGAAAUUCCUUCAAGGCUGCUGCUCCAAAAGCGCCCGAUAAGGACGCUACUGCUGCACAAAUUUUUACAGCUGCAAGAGACACUGCUGACUGUUGAUUUAGUGUCUAUAGUCUUUGUUCAUCGCUCAUGUGUCAUUCCUUUGUGAGGAUUUUAUUUUUCUACAUUUGAUGACUGCAAAGUUUGUUUUAGCUUGAUAUUUGCAGUGAAAAAGCUGCAGUCUGAGGAACAAAGCAUUCAGAGGAUCAGUAAAAUAUCUACAUUACACAACUGACAAGGAAGGAUUUUGUAUGAUGAGUUUCUUCCUUCUCCGAAUAA